AGAGACCUAGGAUGAGGAGCAUUGGAUCUGCCCUGAACCUGCUUUUGGUAUUGCCACUCUACUUUGUGUGGACCGUGGUCGCUCUGGACCUGGCACAAACUCCCUGCACCACUUUGGUCCAGGGGAAAUUCUUUGGAUAUUUCUCCUCCUUUGCCGUCUUCCCAUUGAACUCCUCACUCUGCUCUUGGAUUAUCCAGAACCCUGACCCUCGGAGAUACACCUUGUACAUGAAGAUCCUCAAACCUACUGGCAUAUGUGACCACCAGCACAUCCGCACCUACCAAUUUGACUCCUUCCUGGAAUCCACCCGCACCUACCUGGGCAUGGAGAGCUUUGACGACGUGUUGAAGCUCUGUGAUGGGUCGACCCGCUAUGCUUUUCUCCAGUCUAACAAACAGUUCCUCCAGAUGAAGCAGACUGCACCUCCAGGAGUAGAGAACGGACCAGUGCGGUGGAAACCCAUCAAGGCUCAGGAGAGAGACUUCUCGGUGGAAUACCUCGUGGUGGGCAACAGGAAUCCUAGCAAAGCUGCAUGCCAGAUGCUCUGCAAGUGGCUGGAUGCGUGCUUGGCCAUCAGCAGCAGCUCCCACCCAUGUGGCAUUAUGCAGACUCCGUGCUCUUGCUCAGGAGGGGAGAUCCUAGAUCAAGCCAGUGAGAUCCUGGGGUUCCCGAAGAAGAAGGAAGAUUGUUAUAAGGAUGGAAUUUACUUAGAGAAUUGCCUGAGCAGCCCCAAGGACAGCAGUGGAGGAUUUUCUGGAUUUUGCCCAGGUGGUUGGAACACGUGGUCGGCUUGGGGCGACUGCACCAAGGACUGCGGGGGAGGCCUGCAGACCCGCAUGCGUACCUGUAAGCCCCUUCCCAAUGAAGGCCUGGCCUGCGAGGGAGUCCUGGAGGAAGGACGUCUGUGCAAUAGGAAGGCGUGCAAUACCAAUGGACGCUAUAAUUCCAGAAGCCAAUCGCUGAGGUCCACAGAUAACAGAAAGCGAGAGGACACUGAUGAACUGCAGCACUACGGGUACCCUGCACCUCAAAUAGGUGACCCUGCAGCAGAGGAGUGGUCCCCAUGGAGUGUGUGUUCAACUACCUGCGGGGAGGGCUGGCAGACAAGGACCAGGUUCUGUGUGUCGUCUUCCUACAGCACUCAGUGCAGCGGCCCUCUCCGGGAACAGAGACAGUGCAACAACUCUGCCAUAUGCCCAGUGCACGGUACCUGGGAUGAGUGGUCUCCAUGGAGUCUCUGCUCUUCCACGUGUGGGAGAGGGUACAGGGAUCGGACCCGCACAUGCAAACCCCCACAGUUUGGUGGGAACCCCUGCGAGGGCCCGGAGAAGCAAACGAAGUUCUGCAACAUUGCACUUUGCCCAGGUAAGGCAGUGGACGGCAACUGGAAUGAGUGGUCGAGCUGGAGCUCCUGCUCCGCUUCCUGCUCCAACGGCACCCAGCAGCGGACGAGGGAAUGCAAUGGACCUUCCUAUGGGGGAGCUGAAUGCCAAGGACAUUGGGUAGAGACCCGAGACUGCUUCCUACGUCAAUGCCCAGUGGAUGGGAAAUGGCAAGCCUGGGGAGUGUGGGGGAGCUGCACCACUACGUGUGGAGGUGGAACUCAGAGACGUGACCGUGUGUGCUACGGACCCUUCUUUGGAGGAGAAACCUGCCAGGGUCCCAAGGAAGAGUAUAGGCAGUGCAAUGACAGGAAGUGUCCUGAGCCCCAUGAGAUCUGUGACGAGGAAAGUCUUGCCUCUGUGGUUUGGAAAGAGACGCCUGCUGGGGAUGCUGCAGCGGUUCGGUGUCCUCGCAAUGCCACUGGGCUAAUCCUUCGAAGAUGCACUUUAGAUGAAGAAGGGAUCGCUUACUGGGAACCUCCAACAUACGUCAAGUGUGUUUCUAUUGAUUACAGGAACAUACAGAUGAUGACCAGGGAGCAUCUUUCCAAAGCUCAGCGUGGAUUGAUGGGAGAUGGGCUGUCAGAAGUGCUCCAGAACCUUGUGGAAAUCUCCCAGGAUGGGACUAGCUACAGCGGAGACUUGCUGUCCACCAUUGAUGUACUCAGGAACAUGACAGAGAUCUUCCGUAGGGCUUAUCACAGCCCAACUUCUGGAGAUGUGCAGAACUUUGUCCAGAUCAUCAGCAACAUUUUAUCGGAGGAAAACCGGGACAAGUGGGAGGAAGCUCAGCUGAUAGGGCCAAAUGCCAAGGAGUUGUUCAGGCUUGUAGAGGAUUUCAUUGAUGUCAUCGGCUUUCGCAUGAAGGAUUUCCGGGAUUCCUACCAAGUGACAGACAAUCUGGUCCUUGGCAUUCACAAGCUGCCAGCUAACGCAGCAACUGACAUCACCUUCCCCAUGAAAGGCUGGAGAGGCAUGGUGGACUGGGCCAAGAAUUCAGAAGACAAGGUCACUGUCUCCAAGAGCAUCCUGUCUUCGGGGCUGACAGAGACAGACGACUCUUCAGUCUUCGUGGUAGGGACUGUGCUGUACCGGAAUGUGGGCAACAUUCUCUCGCUCCAGAGGAACAGCACUGUUCUGAACUCCAGAGUCAUCUCUGUGACUGUGAAGCCAUUUCCCCGGUCCCUUCUCACCCCUUUGGAAAUUGAAUUCUCCCACCUGUACAAUGGAACCACCAACCAGACCUGCAUCCUGUGGGAUGAAACUGAUAGGCCAUCCAGUCCAGCUCCCCCCCUGCCCGGCGCCUGGUCCUGGCGCGGUUGCCGAACGGUCCCGCUCGACGCCUCCCGGACUAAAUGCCUCUGUGACAAGCUCUCCGCCUUCGCCAUCUUAGCCCAGCUCAGCCCCGACAUGAACAUGGAAAAGGUGCUGGUCCCUUCUGUCACGUUAAUUGUAGGCUGUGGAGUAUCUUCGCUGACACUUUUGCUGUUGAUUAUCAUUUAUGUCUCUGUUUGGAGGUAUAUCCGCUCAGAGCGCUCAGUCAUUCUUAUCAACUUCUGCCUGUCCAUCAUCUCCUCCAAUGCUCUCAUCCUCAUCGGACAGACCCAGACGCGGAAUAAGGUGAUAUGCACGCUGGUGGCGGCUUUCUUGCACUUCUUCUUCCUCUCCUCUUUCUGCUGGGUGCUGACCGAGGCCUGGCAGUCCUACAUGGCCGUGACGGGUCGGUUACGGAACCGCAUCAUCCGCAAGCGCUUCUUGUGUCUCGGAUGGGGGCUCCCUGCCUUGGUGGUUGCCAUUUCUGUGGGAUUUACUAAAGCCAAGGGGUACGGCACCGUGAACUACUGCUGGCUGUCAUUAGAGGGAGGUCUUCUCUAUGCCUUCGUGGGACCUGCUGCUGCUGUUGUUUUGGUGAACAUGGUUAUUGGCAUUCUGGUUUUUAACAAACUUGUAUCCAAAGAUGGAAUAACAGAUAAGAAACUGAAGGAACGGGCAGGGGCAUCCCUUUGGAGCUCCUGUGUGGUCCUGCCACUCCUGGCUCUCACCUGGAUGUCUGCAGUUCUGGCAAUCACAGAUCGGCGGUCAGCGCUCUUCCAGAUCCUUUUUGCUGUCUUCGACUCAUUGGAAGGCUUUGUCAUUGUGAUGGUCCAUUGUAUCCUUAGGAGGGAGGUUCAGGAUGCUGUGAAGUGCCGAGUAGUAGACCGCCAGGAAGAGGGCAAUGGAGACUCUGGGGGGUCAUUUCAGAACGGACAUGCUCAACUAAUGACCGAUUUUGAGAAGGAUGUGGAUAUGGCUUGUAGAUCAGUGCUGAAUAAAGACAUCACAGCCUGCAGGACCUCCACCAUCACAGGAACACUGAAGCGCCCAUCGCUACAGGAUGAAGAGAAAUUGAAGCUCAAUCAUCAGAAGGGGUCAUCAAACUUUAACAGUCUUCCAGCCAAUGUGUCCAAGUUGCAUCUUCAGGGCUCCCCGCACUACCUGGGGGCCAUCAACCUGAAUGAGUUCAGCAAUCACAGUCUCACUCUGAAGAAGGACAAGAAUCAACCACCCAAGUCUAUCUACAUCUGUGACGGGGACAUCUUCAAGAAGUUGGACUCAGAACUCUCUCGGGCACAAGAACAAACACUGGACACCAGCUAUGUCAUUCUGCCUACCAAUACAUCCACCUUACGGGCCAAACCACCCAAGGAUGAGAGCAAAUACAGCAUCAAUAUAGACCAGAUGCCCCAGACACGGCUGAUCCACCUCAGUAUGGCUACCGACCCAGGUUUUGUCGUCAAAAGUCCUCCACGGGAACCUGUGACCAUGACUUGCAGUGAGGUGCAAGGUUCUCCCAUGAUACAACAGCAGCAGCAGCUGCCUCCACAGAAUAUCCCCAGCGAGUCACAGAUUCCCAACAGCCUGUGUGACACAGGUGACUCAGGGAACUCAGGUGUGGUGUCCAAGAGUGAGACCGUCUCCACUCUCUCCAUGAGCUCCUUGGAGAGACGGAAAUCACGGUAUGCAGAACUAGAUUUUGAGAAAAUCAUGCACACAAGAAAACGUCACCAAGACAUGUUCCAAGAUCUGAAUAGAAAACUUCAGCAUGCAGAGAAGGAGAAGGAGUCUCCAACAACGGACAGCAAGCAAGAAAAACAGCAAACACCAAACAAGAGACCCUGGGAAGGAAUCAGGAAAGUCCAGUCCCCACCGUCAUGGGUUAAAAAGGACAUCGAACCUGUGGCACAAUCUCCCCUAGAACUAAAAACUGUAGAGUGGGAGAAAACAGGGGCCACCAUCCCUCUGGUGGGACAAGACAUUAUUGACCUUCAGACGGAGGUCUGAGCGGAAGGGGAAGAAAGGGACUUUUUUUUCCAGAAAACAAAUGAAACAAACAAACAAAACCACGUUUUAAAGAAAUGAUUAAAUUAAAUCGGAACCGAGCGAGAGAAGUGUUUGGUUUCUUUUGAAACCUUUGGUAAGACGGAGUAACUUUUGUAUUGUUCUCAGCAGAGUGGGGAAAUAUUGCUUUAUAGAGUAUAGUAGAUGUAGGUUCAGGACAACACAAGCUUUGCCAGGUAGGACUGGAGAAGAAGUGAGCCUGGAAGAGAGCGAGGAGGAGGCAGAGGGUGGGGAGGAGCUGUUGGGGAAGAGCCCUGUCGAGAUGCUUUGGGGCCACUGCCAUACGCCAGGACCCUUCCUGCUGUGCCACGGAGAGCUGCAGAAGGACACCCAGAAACCACCACCAUGAGCCAAGAAGAUAGAGGUUGUCUGGGGAGCACAGGAGGUGACAUCGGCGGGAGCCUCACCGAGAUGCGUUGUGGCUGUAGGUCCUGGAAGAGACACAACCUAUGGCAUCCCUUGCUGGUCCUCAUUUCCCACCUCUCCCUCAUCAUCUCAUCUGAGAAGGAAGGAGCUGGGAUCUGUCAAGCGGUGGCUGAGGAAACGUCCCCACUUCUUCAUGCUAUCACAUGAUCUGGUGUCCUGGCAUCUCUGCAGCAUAUCCCUAAGGGGGUCGGGGGGAAGUGGUGGCGAGAGUCACAUCACCUAUGGCUUAGAGGGAGAGGUAAGGUGGGGCUUUCUCCUCUCAGCCCUUCAUGGUGGAGCUCCUGUGCACCCUAAGGGAUGGGAUAAGCACUGGAGAAAGGAACCACCUCCAAAAUCUGCUCGCCCAGUCUCCAGGGAAAAGGUUGAAGGUGUUAGAAAAACAGACCAACAAGAAGAAUGUAGGUCAUUUCACUGACUGUUACAUAGAUAAACUCAGCACGGGCCUUGCAAAGGUCUGCUUGGCCUCCUUUUUUUUUUUUUUUUUUUUUUUUUCCUGUUACUUUUCCUUCCUUUUGGACUCAGAUUUGUUCCAAGCUGCUCCUCCCUGGAAGGCAGAGAGAGAAAGAGGGAAAGACAGAUCCACCAAUGUACCUGGAGAUAUUUGGUAUACAGAGAUGUUGCCUUAGGACAUUGAGACAAACUGACAACACGAAUAACGUCCACUUGGAAACAAACAAACAAACAAAAAAAUAAUCUAUUUUUUUCCUUCUUCUUUUCUUUUCUUCAAUAAAAAGAGAACUUGAAACCCGA